UAUAAGAAGGUUAUUUGCGGUUAUGCUGCUUUCCAAUAGCUUAAGUCGGCCCGAACAUGUUUGGCAAAGUUGUUGGUUGGAUUUGGCUGAUGGUAUUGCUUACAAACAACAACGUCUUCAUAAAAAUCCAGGUAUGGUAAUUUGUAUGGCAUUGUAUUCAAUUAGAUUUUACUUAUUAAUCAUUCUUUUAAUAUUGUCUCUGUACGAUUUCAACUAGAUGCACAUAAUUUAUCCAUUUUUUUAUUGUUGAAGAUUUACAUAUAUCGGAUGAAAGCUUGAAGAACUAUACUCUCACCGAAAUAGAAAAAAAUAUUGCAAAGCAAUGGUAAAAGCCUGCAAAAUUACACGCAUAUGCCAGUUCCAAUCGAAUACUCAUAUGAGGACACAGAAAACAUAUUGGUGUUAGAUGAACUGGAUUACGACCGGUUUGAAAUGGGUAGAGAACUUCAACAGUGUCUUGCUUCCAUUACAGAUGAGCAAAGAAAGGUUUAUGAUGUAGUCAUGGAUGCAGUAACCAAUGACAGUGGUGGAAUGUUCUUUCUAUAUGGCCAUGGUGGAACGGGAAAGACGUUUCUAUGGAAAACUCUUUCGGGUGCAGUUCGUUCGAAGGGAGAGAUUGUAAUUAACGUUGCAUCGAGUGGUAUAGCAUCAUUAUUGCUCCCCGGUGGAAGAACAGCUCAUUCUCGAUUCGGACUACCCAUAAAUGUACAUGAGAGUUCCACCUGCAGCAUAUCGCAACAAAGUCCACAGGCAGAGUUGCUCAUAAGGGCAAAGCUUAUUAUAAGGGACGAGGCUCCUAUGAUGCAUAGAUACUGUUUUGAAGCCCUUGACAAGACAAUGAAGUCAAUAUUACAGGGUGACAAACCCUUUGGUGGUAAGGUGGUUGUUCUUGGAGGUGAUUUUAGGCAGAUUUUACCAGUUGUGCUGAAAGCAUCAAGGCAGGACAUAGUACAUGCUACGAUAAACUCCUCUCCGUUGUGGAAUUUCUGUCGUGUCAUGAAGUUGACUAAGAACAUGAGAUUGCAGUCAUGUUCUUCUCCAUCUAAUGUGGAUGAGAUAAAAGAAUUUGGAGACUGGAUACUGAAUGUUGGUAAUGGGGAUGUUGGAGAAGACAAUGAUGGUGAAGCUUCGAUAGAGAUUCCAGAUGACAUGUUGAUUGGUGAUUCAGAAGAUGCUCCGGAGUUCCUUCUCAUGCGUUGAGGAUCAAGGUUGGUGCACCCGUUAUGCUAAUAAGAAACAUCGAUCAAGCUAGAGGAUUGUGCAACGGUA